GUGGACCAUGAGGACAUAUGUCUUUGUUUCUGAAGUCCUGGGACCCAUGAUGUCAUAUGGGGCUGGCUGUAGGGUGGCCUCUCCAUAGAAUAGAGGCCAGAGCCUGACUGAGGUCUUGCCAGGGGAACCAACCCUGUGGAAUGGAGCAUAGCUUGCACUUCAUCAGGAGGAAGGAAACUAGAAACUACAGUCUGGAGCUCAGGAAAAGCCUUGAUUUGACUAUCGGAAUUUGCCAGAUGAUCUGAAUGUUGAACUGGUUGCAUCUUGAUAACAUACACUGAGGUGUGAGUCCAGCAUUGGCCUUUGAUAAUUUGAAAUCUUCCAAAGUGUAUUUUGGGGGCACAGUAGAGUACCCCCCCCUCCUGCUAUAGAGUCAUGGUAAUUAACAGCAAUUUAAAAAAAUGGUUUAUUAUGGAACAGUUCAAACAUGUUGCACAAAAUAGAAUAGCAUAACACAUCUCCACGCACCCUUCAUCCAACUGGUUUAUCAACACGUGGCCUAUCGUUCUACCGCAUGUUAAAGGCUCUACAAAGUUCUAUAACAGAGAAACUUAUUUAACCUAGUAUUUUCCAAACUCAUUUCACCAUAAUGCCUUUUUCACCUACCACCCCAAAACCUGAACUUGUUUUUGUUCAUGGACAACAUGCCCAGCCCUGUGCUCAGCCUGCGCAUACAGAGACAAGGGGCCCAGGGGAAACAGACCUUGGCAAAGGGGAACCACGCGGCCUGGCCAGUGCUGUGAUGGAGGGGCUGUGCGCUGGGCAGGGUGGGAGGGCCUGGCACAACGCCAGCACACAAAGGGACCCUGGGCAGGGCGAGGUGCCAGCCAUGAGUGGCAUGGGCUAAACCACCUUGCACACCCAGGAGAGGAAGACAGACACCCAGGGGCACCUGGUGAGGAUGACGGGAGGCUAGUGGGUUAGUCAUCUGGCAUCGGCAGCUCUGUUCUCCAGUGUCCUGACUACCGGCCCACCCACCGCCUGCACAUGGUGGUCUACAGCCUGGUGCUGGCUGCCGGGCUCCCCCUCAAUGCCCUGGCCCUCUGGGUCUUCCUGCGCGCGCUGCGCGUGCACUCGGUCGUAAGCGUGUACAUGUGCAACCUGGCAGCCAGCGACCUGCUCUUCACCCUCUCGCUGCCCGUGCGCCUCUCCUACUACGCACUGCACCACUGGCCCCUCCCGGACCUCCUGUGCCAGACGGCGGGGGCCAUCUUCCAGAUGAACAUGUACGGCAGCUGCAUCUUCCUGAUGCUCAUUAACGUGGACCGCUACGCCGCCAUCGUGCACCCGCUGCGGCUGCGCCAUCUGCGGCAGCCCCGCGUGGCGCGGCUACUCUGCCUCGGCGUGUGGGCGCUCAUCCUGGUGUUCGCUGUGCCCAUCGCCUACGUGCACAGGCCCUCGCUCUGCAGCUACCAGGGCCUCGAGGUGCGCCUGUGCUUCGAGAGCUUCAGCGACGAGCUGUGGAAGGGCAGGCUGCUGCCGCUCGUGCUGCUGGCCGAGACGCUAGGCUUCCUGCUGCCCCUGGUGGCCGUCGUCUACUCGUCCGGCCGGGUCUUCCGGACGCUCGCGCGGCCGGACGCCACGCGGAGCCAGCGGCGGCGGAAGACGGUGCGCCUCCUGCUGGCCAGCCUCGUCAUCUUCUUGGUGUGCUUCGUGCCCUACAACACCACGCUGGCGGUCUACGGGCUGCUGCGGGGCAAGCUGGUGGUGGCGAGCCACGCGGCCCGCGAUCAGGUGCGCGGGGUGCUGAUGGUGAUGGUGCUGCUCGCCGGCGCCAACUGCGUGCUGGACCCGCUGGUGUACUACUUCAGCGCCGAGGGUUUCCGCAACACCCUGCGCGGGCUGGGUACCCCGCUCCAGGCCAGGACCUUGGUCACCAACGGGGCGCGGGGGUCGCACGCGCUGGCCCUGCGGCCCAUUGACGCCACUGGGCCGGAUGCCGCCAGUCAGGGGCUGCUCCGACCCUCCAACACUGGGACACCCUUCACUCAGUGCCCCCAAGAUUCGGCCCUCUGAGCGCAUGUCGUGCUAUACAUAGCGUCGUCCACCCCCUGCCCCCAGCACCUUUCACUCUUGCUGGCUUGCAGGAAGUGCACACAAGGGAGGUGGGCUGGGCACUUGGCCCUCUGGGUGGGAACUCCAGCUCAUGAAUGGGGCAGAGAACAAAGUGUGGAAGCCAGGGUACCCGGUAGGAAGAGUGCUGCCAGGAAUGGCUUCUUUAAGGGGUGGCAGUGAGCACGCAGAGGCCCCCUCCUGCAGUCAGUAGGAAGUGAUACAGUGAGUCUGCCUAUGCAGAGGCAGAAGAUAAUGCAAUGCUUCUGUGGGUGUGGGCAUGAAACACUGAUAAAAGCUGGUGGAUGGAACAGAAAUGAGUAUCUUUGAUUUAGACCUGCCACAGAGGUCUGGGAGCUGAACAGUCCCAGGCUUGGUGGACCAAGCUACUGAGAAGCUAAUUCAUCUGCUGACUUCUGUGUGUGCUGACCCAUUAGGGUCAUGGAUGAAGCCACCUCAUUCUUCCACCUAGGCUUCCCCUGCUCAGCACUGAGGCCUAAUGCAAUAGUUCGUUAUGGACAGAAUGGGAUUUCUUCUUGUUUAAUGACUUGCAGCAAUUUAGACCUGACACCCAACAUGGGCAAGGCAAAACUGUGAGUUAGAGUCUUGCUCCCCUUUCUAGGUCAUCCCUUCUUACAGGACACUCCAUUUUCAGGGCCUCUUCCAUUCUAGGGCCUUAAUAUUCCUCCUCUAACUCUCUCUCUCAUUCUCUGCUUGUUUUGUCCAGAGCAAGGAAAAAAUCCUUUGCACUGAAACAUUGGUUCUCAAAACGUUUUGGUCUCAGACCCCUUUAUAGUCUCAGAAAUUGAGGAUCCCAAAGAGCAUUUGCUUGUGCUUUAUUCUUUUGAUAUGUACCAUACUAUUAUAGAAAUUAAACUUAAUACAUUUUUUGUCAAAUUAAAGAAAAUGUGAAAAAGUUAAUACAUUUUUAAAACAAAAAUAUUCUAGCACACAUUCCAUUAGCUAUGAGAGCCAUGUCAUUAUGCUUCAUGAAACCUCUGGGAAAGUCAACGUAUACUUGUGACAGAAUGAGAGUGAAAAGGACAAAUAACAUCUUAGUAGUACUAUUCUCCCUGGAUCACACUUUGGGAACCAUACUUGUAUUAAAGUAUUAGAGUUCAUAACUAACUUCUUCCUAGGGCAUUAUAAACAGUUAAAAAAUACUGGGGAGGGGGCAGUGCUCAACAAAUGAGUUGCUACUGGUAGUCCUCAU